AUGAAAGGAUGCCUGCUCCUUCUGUUUAUUGAUAGGUGUGCUGUGCUUGGCGUUGCAGUGGCAUACAAACCAAUGUUUCCACCACUGUGGUCGUCUGUCAUUUAAUUUCACACGACUUUAUACGUAUGUGAAGUUUCAAAAAUUACAACAAAGAACACUUACAGUACAGUCAACACAACAUUACAAAACAAUAUGUAUAAUAUUCCAAACCAUACUAGUUCCCGGGAGUAUCAUGCGUUGUUGAAACCUAAGGCCUCAGUCUAACACUCUUUCUCCGUCUCUCCCCAGGACUGGCAGUUUGACGAUGGUGCGCCCCCUCCCUCUAAGGUGGUGGAGGACUGGCUGAGUCUGCUAAGGUCUCGUUUCCUGGAAGAUCCGGGCUGCUGCGUGGCCGUGCACUGUGUGGCUGGACUGGGCAGGUGAGGGGACCAGCUCAGUUGGUAGAGCAUGGUGCUUGCAACGCCAGGAUAGUGGGUUCGAUUCCCGGGACUGACCAUACGUAAAAUGUAUGCAUUCAUGACUGUAAGUCGCUUUGGAUAAAAAAAGGCAUAUUAAUAUUACAGAUACUCUGUAGGGGACUAGUAGCAUACUUUGUAGGGGACCAGUAGGAUAUCCUGUAGGGGACCAGUAGGAUACUUUGUAGGCGACCAGAAGGAUACUCUGUAGGGGACCAGUAGAAUACUCUGUAGGGGUCCAGCUGGAUACUCUGUAGGGGUCCAGAAGGAUACUCAGUAGGGGUCCAGUUGGAUACUCGGAUUACUGUGCACUGUGUGGCUGGACUGGGCAUGUAAGGGAUACUUUGUUUACUUACAUCCGAAAAUGACCAUUGAACAGAUUCACAAAUCCCAGACUGUACCUUUACACCUGGGACAUAUAGGGGAGACAGUCGGUGAAAAAUGAAGUAGUCCAUUUAGUUUGAUGUGAAUGGACAACAGUGUUUGUGUCAUCAUGCCUGUCAUUGCCUAUAAUCAGAUCAAGGGGGCAUUGUUGAUCAAGGUAUCACGGGGAACAGGAUCCAAAGAGGUUGUGUUGACUGUCACUGCAAAGACUGAACUUUGCACAGUGUUUACCAAGUUAAUCUGACAGUUGGUUAAACCUGGGUUAAGGGGGGCUCAUUCUCACUGUACCCGAUACCCAGUGGCAGUCGGUGCUGUUUAAGAUUAGGGAGGAAGAUUUAAAAAAAAAAAUAUGGGCCUUAUUUUUAUUACAGCAUAUUGGAUGACUGUCAUUCAUAUUCCAUUCAUCCAGCUCAAUGUAACAUCGAUAGGUUUAGGCUACUACAUGAUACUAAAUUUUUUCCUAUACCCAUUAUGAGGUUGCUACAACCUAGCCUAUGAAUGAAAGUUUAUAACGUAGGUGCACAGGUCGAGAGACAAAUUGGAGUAAUCAAGGUGACCGACACAUUCAAUACCGCCUUGCACACUCUUGCCUGCAUCUAGCUGAACUAGGCUGUAAUCAUUAGUCCAAACAGUUGCAAACAAGAGUUUCUAUUGGACAAAUUCAGGUAGGUUUAUCCCCAUUUCGUUCUGUUUGCUUCCGUUUUAAGAAAGGUUUUUCAAUAUAAUCAGCGGAAUGAAUACACCCUGAUCACCUGCACACACAGUUCACUUUCAUAGCAGCCACAUACGAACAGCAUCAUCACUUUGCUCGUUGUAUAAUUCCUUCUCGCAUCUACGCGCUCUCCUCCUCUCACCUUUUCCCUUCAGUUGUGGACUUCAGUGCACAACACAUCAGCUGUCUGUGACCAGGCGAAAAAACCUUUCCAACCUAGCCUUCAUACCAUAACCACUACACACAGCCUACAUCGUUGUCACCAUAUUAGAUAAUAAUAAUAAUAAUAAUAAUAUGCCAUUUAGCAGACGCUUUUAUCCAAAGCGACUUACAGUCAUGCGUGAGAGAUUAUUAGCUAACGUCAUAGCCAACAUAGCUAGUAGAAAUAACUUGUUAGUAAACGCGCUACAAUCAUGCAGUACAGUGUACAGCAAGCAGUUUAGCAGUUACACCGGUGGGCCCCUGUGGCAAUAAAUUAAUACAACCGAAAGCUUACCUUGACUUGGAAGAGUUCCAGUGUUGGAUAGUCUUAGCCAGCUAGCUAACAUAAUUAGCAUUCCUCUGUUUGAGCUUGAUAUUUGAUUAGGCUAAAUUAGCUAGCUGCAAGUAAGAGUAAGUGACAAAAAUACAACGAAAUAUAGCUAGCUCUCUUUCUCUCUGCUUCUUCUUAAUUUUUGAAGAAAUUCAUUUGUUCAAAACUGUUCAACUAUCGUCUUUCUCUCUCUUUUAUGCACUGCAGUGCUAGCUAGCUAUAGCUUAUGCUUUCAGUACUAGAUUAAUUCUCUGAUCCUUUGAUUGGGUGGACAACAUGUCAGUUCAUGCUGCAAGAGCUCUGAUCGGUUGGAGGACGUCCUCCAGAAGUCGUCAUAAUUUCUGUGGAAGGGGGUGAGAACCAUGAGCCUCCUAGGUUUGUAUUGAAGUCUAUGUACCCAGAGGAGGACGGAAAAUAGCUGUCCUUCGGCUUACACCAUAGUGCUACCCCAGAGAGUGCUGUUGAUGCUACUGUAGACCUUUAUUGCAAAACAGUGUGUUUUAAUUAGUUAUUUGGUGAUGUGAAUAUAUUUAGUAUAGUUUUAUCUAAAAAGGAUGUUUCACCAAAAAACAUUAAAAAAUCACUGAGUAGGAAGGUCCUCUCCUUCCUCCUCUGAGGAGCCUCCAUUGCCGACACCUCUCCAGGUUCAAGGAUAGGCACCUCUUUGGUUGCAUCCCAAAUGGCACCCUAUUCCCUGUACACUAUAUAGUGCCAUUUGGGACACACCCUUUGUCACACCCUUUGUUCAUCCCUUUACCGAGUAUCCUUCUAGCUCAAAGCUUCAGAGUGAGUUUUACCCACCCUCCCACUACACAGCCACGGUGAGGUAGCCUGGUCCCAGAUCUGUUUGUGCUGGCGUGACAUGACCAAAGGAGUGGACAAGAAAUCACAAACAGAUCUGGGAACUGGCUAACAGUGGUGUCCACCUCAUCAAAUUCAACCCCCUCUCUAGACCCAUGUCUGUAGACCCAGACCCCACCCCUCCCUCUCUCUGAGGGCUAGCUAGCUCUGGGCCAAAGUCAACACCAACCGUCCCCUUGGUGCCGCAGUAAGGCAGUAAUCCCACAGUAUCCGAGGCACCGGGGGAGUCUGAAGACUAAAAAGGAAGAAGGCUUUCGGAGGCAUUUUAUUUUGCGGUUCCCUCUAUAACAUGCAUACGCUGGGUUCUUUCCAUUACCUUUUAGCUGGGAUCAGGCCCAGCCCCAGUUGGAGAGGAGCUGAGUGGAGAGAGGGCUAAUACCCUAUAAUUGAAUCUGCUGUUCCAUGCCGUUCCUUAAAGUGUUCAUCAGGCCCCAGCCCAGAUGCCCAGCUCUGAGCGAAUUAUAACUAGAGAUGACCCUGGAUCCACCCCUCAGUGUCUGCAGCAGGGAUAGGCUAACUUUCCCGCCCUUCUCUCUGAAGCUGGGAGAAAGUGACCUGUUGUAGCUAGCAACCGCCCAACUGGGACAGUUAUUGGCCCUCCCAACUGGGACAGUUAUUGGCCCUCCCAACUGGGACAGUUAUUGGCCCUCCCAACUGGGACAGUUAUUGGCCCUCCCAACUGGGACACGUUUUUGAACAAUACGACAGUAUUAUACUGAUCAGUCUUUCUGUAAAACACAUACACACUGUGUGGCUGCUGCUAUUCUUCUUCUUGGAGUGUGUGGUGCGCACGUACACACACACACACACACAGUGUAGCUGCUUGAAGUGUAUACUGUAGGAGACACACACACACAAACAGCCCAACAGAAUGUAGUGGGGGUAAAGUCAUAAAACACAGUGACGUAGGGGGGAGGGGCCCCCGGCCCCUGGUGAAACCCCGUCUCUGACGCACGUCUUCUCCUCCCCAAGGAGCUAGCCUCAGCUUUUGAAAGGGUGCCAAUGUUUUCUUGGACCGACUUUUUUUAAAUGUUCAUUUGUUUCAGAUGGGAAACACUCUUUCAGCACUUGUACCCUUUUUCUAUUAGGGGAGGCUCACUAAAAGGGGGUUGCAGGCUUCAGUUUAGGUAAAGUGUUUUGGAUUUGUGUGUCUAACAGUAAAAACCUUGAUGGCCGCAGAUUGAUAUGUUUUGAAACGUUCACAGAAUAGUCUGCCCUAGUUAUGCUAACUGCCAUGUUUUUGUGGCAACAUAGACAUCUCUAACCUCCCUCGUCAUUAAAAAGACCAGAAAACUCAGUUUAUGGCUGAACGAGCCCCCUUCCUUUGGCCCUAUUAGGAAGCAGUGUUGCACUAAAGCUUUUGUGGAUUAAACCGGUUACUGGAAGUGGAAGCUUGUCUGGCUGAAAGCACACGUCUCUGUCCAUGCCUUGCAAGGAUUGUGCUGCUUGAGAACGUUGUGCAUGGGACAGUGUACCCACACACAGCCAACUACAGGCACAUAGGGAUUGUUUCAAACAUGGAGUUGUCUUUCUAUGUCCCACCCUCAGCACCCCCUACUUCCCAAGGCUAUGCUUAGGGACCCUUUGCGUCCCAUCUGGAAAGUAAUCAAAGAAAGAGAGACAUCUUUCUAUAUCAGUUAGUGCAGGUAAUGUAGCUAGUAGUAGUUUGACUGGGACUGCUGUGCUUGUUCUGUCUUGGCAGAGCCCCGGUGCUGGUGGCGCUGGCACUGAUCGAGAGUGGGAUGAAGUAUGAGGAUGCCAUCCAGUUCAUCAGACAGUGAGUAUCCCCCACCCCUCCCUCCCUCAAGUGGCUUACCUGGAUAAGAGGAUGCUUAUUUCUCAGAAUGAGAAGAAGUUGCCAAUUCCUUAUAUAAAUGUGUAUUUCUUUCUAGGAAGCGCAGAGGGGCCAUCAACAGCAAGCAGCUGACCUACCUGGAGAAGUACCGCCCCAAACAGAGACUGCGCUACAAAGACCCACACAUCUUCAAAAACAAGUGCUGCAUCAUGUGA